GCGUGUCCCUGCAGCCUGCAUCAGCAACACUUGUUCUGAGAGAUGGCAGGAAUUAUGUUGAUGGUCUUGGCGGCGGUGUGUGUAAUGGCGGUGAAUAGCCUGGCCCCACCACAGGCCCCGCCACCGGGCCCGGUUCUCGGCCCCGGUGGCAUACCUCCAAUUGAGUUUUGGGAGUGUCCGUCUGGGUUCAGCGUGCGGAAGGCCGUCGGCCGUACUAGACAGGCCUUGAACGUCGUCAGGUUCCAGGAUGUUCUAACAAACCGAGGCGCCUGGUCUCAGAGUGACAGCAAGUUCAUCGCCCCCUGCCCGGGCACCUACUUCUUCACUUUCCACGCCCAGUCCUCUGAAACACAAGACUUCACGCUGGCACUCAUGAAGAACGGGGUGUACCAGGUGACGGCGUACGGCAGCAAGAACGGCUACCAGCAAGGUUCUAACUCUGCUCUCCUACAGCUCGAAACAGGUGAUGAAGUCUACCUGUAUCUACAACAGGGAGAACUCUACGAACACCCACAUGAUGAGUCCUACACCACCUUCUCGGGACACCUGGUCGAAAAGAUUAGACCAGAAUUUUAAGUUGAAUUAAUAUCGAGAAGCAUGUACCGUUAUGUCUGAAAUAGCGACUAAGCGACGAUCAUAAGAUUAAUUGAACAUAAUUUAACUAUAUGGAAAACAUUAAUGUUGUUCGUGUUCGUCAAUAAAUAAGAUAAAAUAU